CCAGCUUCUCCGGGCCCUUAAUAGAGCGCGCGCGCCACCCGCUCGAAGAGCCCUCAGACUGCGCUUCCUCCAGCAUGGCUUCCCGCCAGCUCGCCUUGCUUAGUGUCUCUGACAAAACAGGAUUGUUGGACUUUGCCAAAAAUCUGAAUUCAGUUGGUUUAACACUGGUUGCUUCUGGAGGGACUGCAAAAGCUCUCAGAGAUGCUGGUCUCACAGUCAGAGAUGUUUCUGAACUGACAGGAUUCCCAGAAAUGUUAGGAGGACGUGUGAAAACACUGCAUCCUGCAGUACAUGCUGGAAUCUUGGCACGCAACUCUCCAGAAGAUCAAGCUGACAUGGCCAGACUUGAUUUCAGUCUUAUAAGAAUUGUUGUUUGUAAUCUGUAUCCCUUUGUGAAGACCGUGGCUUCUCCAAAUGUAACUGUUGAGGAAGCUGUUGAACAAAUUGAUAUUGGUGGAGUAACCUUACUCAGAGCUGCUGCAAAAAAUCAUGCUCGAGUGACAGUAGUGUGUGAACCAGGAGAUUAUGAAGUGGUGUAUACCGAAAUGCUAAAUUCUGAUACUAAAGAUACUACUAUGGAGACUAGACGGCAGCUAGCAUUAAAGGCCUUUACUCAUACUGCUCAGUAUGAUCAAGCAAUAUCAGAUUAUUUCAGAAAGGAAUAUAGUAAAGGAAUAUCUCAGAUUCCUUUAAGAUAUGGAAUGAACCCUCACCAAAAACCUGCACAGUUAUAUACAGUGAAGCCCAAACUUCCUCUUACAGUUCUGAAUGGAUCCCCUGGGUUUAUAAACCUGUGCGAUGCCUUGAAUGCCUGGCAACUGGUAAAAGAACUCAAGGAAGCUUUAGGUAUUUCAGCAGCUACCUCCUUCAAGCAUGUCAGUCCAGCAGGUGCUGCUGUUGGAGUUCCACUUAGUGAGGAAGAGGCUAAAGUUUGCAUGGUUCAUGAUCUCUACAAGAGCCUUACUCCUUUGUCAACUGCAUAUGCAAGAGCAAGAGGAGCUGACAGAAUGUCAUCAUUUGGUGAUUUUAUUGCUGUAUCUGAUGUUUGUGAUGUCACUACUGCUAAAAUUAUCUCCAGAGAGGUAUCUGAUGGUAUUAUUGCACCUGGAUAUGAAGAAGAAGCCUUGAAGAUUCUUUCUAAAAAGAAGAAUGGAAGUUACUGUGUACUUCAGAUGGACCCAUGUUACAAACCAGAAGAGGAUGAAAUUCGUACUCUUUUUGGAUUACAUCUAAGUCAGAAGAGGAAUAAUGGUGUUAUUGACAAGUCCUUAUUUAACAAUAUUGUUACAAAGCAUAAAGAUUUGCCUGAAUCUGCUAUCAGGGAUCUCAUCGUAGCUACUAUUGCUGUCAAAUACACCCAGUCCAAUUCAGUGUGCUAUGCUAAGAAUGGUCAGGUAAUUGGUAUUGGAGCAGGUCAGCAAUCCCGAAUACAUUGUACACGGCUUGCAGGAGAUAAGGCAAAUAAUUGGUGGCUUAGACAUCAUCCUCGAGUGCUUUCAAUGAAAUUUAAAGCUGGAGUAAAGAGAGCAGAAAUCUCUAAUGCAAUUGAUCAGUAUGUGACUGGCACGAUUGGUGAGGAUGAAGAUUUGGCCAAAUGGGAAGCAAUGUUUGAGGAAGUUCCUAAACUGUUAACUGAUACAGAAAAGAAGGAAUGGAUUGAUACAUUGAAACAAGUGGCUAUCAGUUCUGAUGCAUUUUUCCCUUUUAGGGAUAAUGUAGACAGAGCUAAGAGAAGUGGUGUAGAGUUUAUUGUGGCCCCCUCAGGUUCAACUGCUGACCAGAUUGUGAUUGAGGCUUGUGAUGAGCUUGGAAUUACACUCAUUCAUACGAAUCUUCGACUAUUUCAUCAUUGA